UGGAGUCUAAAUUGGACAAGCAAAAUUAGCAAAGACACAUAUUUCCAAAAAAUACAAACAACAUUACUAGAAUAACGUUACUAAAAAAUACAAACAACAUUACUAGAAUAACUCGCAGACAAUGAUAAAUUCCAGGCGCAUAUCAAGGAGAUUGAUAUUGCUCUCAAUAAUAACACUGAUUCUGCUAUGUUGACUAAUAAUCUUGAUGAUGAUAUUGAAUGCAGGAACUUUGGAGGUGCUGACAAGGAGUUGACUGACAGUAAGAGUGGUGGGCCUAUUCAGGUGGAUAUGUUGGAUCAAGGCCCAAGUACGAAGGCUAUUGCCUGUAGUGGGUCUCAAACAAAUAGCCCAAUUAUAAGAACUUGGAAAAGAAUUACUAUAGGGCUGAAAAUUGCUACCCCGGUUACUGAGGAGACCCACGCUGGGAGUAAAAGAGGAGCCCAAGACCAUGAACAGAAUGAGUUAGAAAAUACUUUAAAAAAGAAGAAAACGGACAUGGAGGUGGCGGAAAUAAGCAGGUUGAUCAGGUUGAUGGCUAUGGAAUUUAAUGAAACGGCAGUGGCUGCUUGGCAGUCCCGCCGAGAACAAUGAGUGCAUUAAGCUAGAACUGUCAGGGGCUUGGGAAUCUCCGAACAGUUCGAGCACUCCAGGAGGUGAUAGCCUUUGAAGAUCCCAGCUUAGUUUUCCUUAUGGAAACUAAGUUGUCCAAAGAAGAUAUGACGAAUAAAAAGUACACGCUUGGAUUCACAAAAGGAUUAGUAGUGGGCAGCAUAGGAAGCAAGGGAGGUUUGGCCUUAUUGUGGAAGAAGGAUGUUAUGGUUAACAUUCAAACGUUUGGCCCAUGGCACAUAGAUGCUGAAAUAGGAGGAAAUGACGGUUCGGGGAGAUGGAGGUUUACGGGGUUCUAUGGGCAACCGGAGACAAGUAGAAGAGAGGAGACUUGGCAGAUUCUUGAGAGGUUAGGAAGUUCAAAUUCACUACCAUGGCUGUGUAUAGGGGACUAUAAUGAAAUUUUGAGUGAUGCAAAGAAACUGGGAGGCAACCCGAGAGCACCGAAACUAAUGGAGAGGUUCAAGGAAGCGAUGAAUAGAUGUCGUUUCAGAGACUUGGGCUAUGUGGGGUCCCGGUUUACUUGGAGCAAGGUUUUUGUAAAUGGAGAUAGUUGGUGGAUAAGGCUUGAUCGUGCUCUAGCCACUCCGGAGUAGUUUUCCUGAUUCGCAAACGCGAAGUUACACCAUCUGUCCACCACGGCCUCAGACCAUUGCAUGCUCGCUCUAAGGUGGGGUCAGAAUGGGAGACGGAGGAGAGUUGGCACAAGACCUUUCAGGUUUGAAGCCAUGUGGCUUCGUGACCCUCGGUGCGAGGAAGUAGUACGGGAGGCAUGGGAGUAUGGCUUAUGUACUGCCAUAGGCCAUCCACUGAAAAACUGCAUUUCCGAGUGCCAUGCUCAACUCACUCAGUGGAAUAAACAAGAGUUUGAUCAUGUUGGCCGCCAAAUUAAGUUGCUGAAGAAUAGACUACAGGUGCUUGAAGCUUUCCCAGAGAACAACAUGGACAAUAUUCGACAAGUCAGACUAGCCCUUAACUCUUGGCUAGACACGGAAGAAGUAAUGUGGAAGCAACGGUCUCGAAACAGGUACCUAAAGGAGGGAGAUAAAAACACCAGCUUUUUCCAUACAAAAGCUUCGAAUAGAAAACAACGGAACUGGAUUCAGGGAUUGGAAGAUGAUAAUGGCGUUUGGCAAGAGGGGUUGGAUGAUAUUGAGCAUGUUGCUACGCAGUAUUUCUCCUCUUUGUUCACUUCUUCUCGGCCUGGUGAAAUGACGGAGCUCCUUAAUGCAGUUACUCCUUCAGUCACAGAAGAAAUGAACCAACUCCUGGCAAGAGAUUUCCAAGCUUCUGAGAUAGCACAGGCAAUUAAGCAAAUGCACCCCCAUACUGCGCCGGGACCUGAUGGACUGCCCCCUCUAUUUUACCAAAGAGCAACUCUAGAAGAGUGCAAUGAGCUCCAACGUAUAUUCACUCUUUAUGAGGCUGCCUCGGGUCAGCAGCUUAAUAAGGCCAAGACCGCUCUAUUUUUCAGCAAGAAUACCCCACGUGCACUUCAGGAGGAGAUCAAAACUAGAUUUGGAGCCCAGGUCAUCCGUCAACAUGAAAAAUAUUUGGGUCUCCCGUCCCUGGUAGGUAGAUCCAAAAAGAAUACUUUCAAUGACCUUAAGGAUAAGCUUGGAAAGAAACUUUCAGGUUGGAAAGAAAAGCUAUUGUCGAAUGCAGGAAAGGAGAUUUUAAUAAAAUCAGUGGCCCAAGCUAUACACUCAUAUACCAUGAGUUGCUUUAAAUUACCGGAUUCACUAUGCGAUGAGCUAGCAGGGAUGGUCAGGAAAUUUUGGUGGGGACAAAAUAAUGGUGUAGACAAGAUGGCUUGGCUUAGUUGGGAGAAAAUGUGCACACCGAAGGAAUGUGGUGGGAUGGGAUUCAGGGAUCUGAAGGCAUUCAAUUUGGCCUUGCUUGCCAAGUAAGGGUGGCGGCUCCAAACUUGCACCAACUCUCUGUUUCACUGUGUUUUCCGAGCAAAAUAUUUUCCCCACGGAGACUUUCUUUCUGCAUCUUUGGGAGCAAAGCCGUCUUAUGCUUGGAGAAGCAUAUUCUUUGCACAGCAAAUUGUCAAAAAAGGUAGUCGUUGGAGGAUAGGAAAUGGGGAAAA